CCCCCCGUCUCUGUGCCUGUGGUGGAACAUUUGUGUGACUCCUAGUCUCUCUUUCCUCUCUGCUUUUACUCCUCUCCUCACUCUUUGCAAUUCUCAAAGGCAAAGGAGGCCAUGGAUGGGCCUUCACCUCCGCUCAAUGCUCGCCGAGUCUUGACUAAGGAUCUCAUCCUCAACAGGCUUUAUAUGCUCCUCAAUGGGAUUGCUAUACUCGCCUUGUUUUACUAUAGAGCUACCACUCUUCUUCGUAUUAUCCAGACCAGGGAGACUCCUCUUCUCCCCUAUCUUAUCGUCAUUUUCUCUGAGGUUAUGUUCACCUUUUUCUGGCUUCUUUACCAAGCUUACAGAUGGAAACCCGUUAAACUCGAGGUGUACCCGGAAAGAUUACCCGGAGAUGAGAAGCUUCCGCCGGUGGAUGUGUUCAUUUGCACGGCAGAUCCGAGUAAAGAGCCCUCCCUGGGGGUGAUGAACACCGUUGUUUCGGCUUUGGCUCUUGAUUACCCUCCUGAUAAGCUUGCUGUUUAUCUUCAGGAUGAUGGUGGUUCUUAUGUUACUUUAAAUGCCAUUCGUGAAGCCUGGAAAUUCGCCAGAUUCUGGGUUCCCUUCCGUAGAAAGUAUGAGUUGAAAAUUGCGUGCCCAGCAGCCUAUUUAUCGUCUAAGGAAAGUGCUCAUGAGAAGUUCAUUGGCAGCAAUGAGUUCGCUGCUGAGAAGAAGAUAAUCGAGAAAAAGUACGCAGAAUUCGAGGAGGCUCUGGAGAAGAAUUCAGUAAAUGCAAGCGCUUCAGUUAGCAGAGAUCAUCCACCAUUAAUUGAGGUGAUGACAGAUGAAAACGGGGAUUCCGACCUAAAAGAGAUGCCUCUUCUUGUUUAUAUUGCCAGGGAAAAAAGGCCUGGUCAUCCACACCAUUUCAAAGGAGGAGCACUCAAUGUUCUACUCCGAGUAUCUGCAGUAAUCACCAAUGCUCCCUACUUUUUGGUGCUGGACUGUGACAUGUACUGCCACAAUCCAUUGUCGGCUCGUCUAGCUAUGUGCUUCUAUCUUGACCCUAAAAUAGCUCCGAAGAUAGCUUGGGUUCAGUUCCCUCAGAAAUUUCAUAAUUUGAGUGAGCAUGAUAUCUAUGGUGGUUCGCUGAAUGCCAUUUACAAAUCAGCGAUAGGCUUCGAUGGGCUCCAAGGACCUAACCUAUACGGCUGCAACUUUGUCAUGACAAGGGAAUCGAUCUAUGGAACUGGCAAAAUUGAAAAGGACGUUGAUCUAAAUCAGCUAAAGAAGACAUUUGGUUCAAGCAAUGAGUUCAUCAAAUCACUUUACAAAAGUUACAAACCACAGUUGCUGGAGGACAGAAAGCCCUCUGCUGAAUUGCAAAAAGAGCUCCAACUGCUAGCCUCCUGUACUUAUGACAAUGGGACAGAUUGGGGAGAAGAGGUGGGUUACAGAUAUUUUACCGUUGUGGAGGAUGCUAUUACAAGUCUUAGUUUGCACUGUAAGGGGUGGAUUUCUGUGUAUAUUGACCCUGCCAGUCCAUGCUUCUUGGGUGCAACCACUACGAACCUGAAUGAUAUGUUGGUUCAACAGACACGAUGGGCUUUUGGCCUAAUGCAAAUUGGCCUGUCAAGGUUUAAUCCUCUUAUAUACGGCCCGUUGAGGAUGUCGAUUCUUGAAAGCUUGUGUUAUGCUUACAAUUUUUUGGAAUCUCUCUAUGUUUUCCCUGUUUAUGGUUUGGCCAUCAUUCCUCCAAUCUGUCUACUUUAUGGCAUUCCUCUGUAUCCAAAGGUUUCAGAUCCAUACUUUAUUGUGUUUGCAUUCAUCUUUCUCUCAUCAAGACUCAAGCAUGUGCAAGAGACCAUUGCGUUUGGGGAUCCAUUGAGGAAUACAGUGUAUGAGCUGAGAGUUUGGAUGAUGAAAUCUGUAGCAUGUUACUUUUAUGCAAUUCUGAAUGCAAUUUUGGACAAAAUUGGUUUGCAUGAAGCAAACUUUUCGUUAACAAGCAAGGUGGUUGAUGAUGAACAAGAAACGCGUUUCAAGCAGGGGAUAUAUGAUUUCCAAGUAUCAACGAUGCUGCUCGUCCCAUUAUGCAGCUUGUACAUUCUUAAUUUGGCCGCCUUUAUUAUCGGAAUGGCAAGGCUCUUUCAGAAGAAUGACGAGUUGUUGGCACAAGCUGUUCUCUCCUUCUUUGUGGUAAUUGUGAAUUACCAUUUGCUGGAAGGUAUGUUCCUGAGGAAGGACAAGGGCCGGAUUGCAGCGUCUGUUACUCUACUCUCUAUUGCAAUUUCUGCAAUCAUCCUUGGCUGCGGAUCUCUCCUUAUCUUUUACUAAUUGAAAUGAUGCUGGCCUCCUUCAUUUUGUAUUCCUGGGUUCUGAACUUGGAAGUACUGGAACUGGAAUUACACCUAUUACUCUUCUGAAUCUUGACUAGAAUUUCUCAAACAUCAGUUCUUGCAUGAAUUGCUGUAUUGAUAGAUGAGGACUUGGUGAGCGUGCAUUGUCUAUAUUCCAGACUCAAUGAAUGCAUUGAAGAAUUUCAUAUUAGGAUGAGCUAAUGCAGCUUGUUGGUAGGCAUUAGCUUGCUCUGUUUGGUGAUGAGUUUGAGUUACCUCAUAAUUCUUGAUGUUCCUUUUACAUAUAUGCACAAUAGUUUUAUUGUCCUUA